AUGGCUGCUGACGAGCCUAUGGAACCCUCUUCCUCCCAAUGGGAUGGCUUACCGGCAACCCAGUCAGGUCACGUACAGUGGCAAGCCACCCAGCCGAGCAAUCGUGCCCUCGGGACCCUGAUGCGCCAGGCAAAGGAGACGCAUUCAGUCGGUCCUUCGAAACUGUCCACGUCCUGGGAUGCGUCGACCACUGCCUCUUUUACGACCGGCGGCUCAGCUUCCUCCUCCUCCUCCUCCUCCUCCUCCAGAUCAACCGUCACCGCCGCAUCCUCAUCCAAAUUUCGUCGUCCCUCGAUGUCCAAUCAACCUUCUUCCACUUCCUUCGCAUACCCGCCCCAAACCCCCGCGGAUUUCCAAGCCAUAAUACGGAUGAUCCAGAUGUCAAAUGUCGAGAUCAUGGAUCGGGCGUACGCACAAAAGCGGCUCAUGGAAGAGGAGGCCAGGGCUCAGGCUCUAGCUCAAGCCCGUGCUCGUGCCCGUGCCCGUGCCCAAGCCCUAGCGAAGUCCCAGAGCAAUGGCAAGGGCAAGGAGCGAGCGCGGCCUUACCCCGACCCGUCGGCUAGACGUUCCCAUGUAGGCAAGACGGCGUCGCUUCCGGGUCCGACCGACGUCCGGGGCCCAUCGAGCACAUGCGCGGUGUCGAACACGCGUAGCACGGACGCUGACACCGCGUUCUGCAUGGACGUGGACGUGGACGAAUCCAGGGAGAUGACGCCCUCGCUGUCGGCAGAGCAGAUGCCGCCUCCGCCUGUUCCUCCGCAACGGCUCCACGCCGCUUCCACGUCGUCGCGUCCGUCCGCGCGGGAUCCGGUGUCCGGCAGGGGCAUACAAGCGCUUCAGUCCGUACGCCAUGAUCCCGCCCGGGCUCCCAAAUCCUCCAACUCGUCUGAGCACUCCGCUCCGCCCAACAUGCAGCCCAGCCCUCCGCUCGCUCCAAUCGUGGAAGGCUCCGGAGCAGCAGCACCUUCCUCGUCCCAGACGGCGCGUAAGGCCGUCUUGGGUAUGACCGCGCGCGGCACGAAGACGCUCCAGUCGUCCACGACGCUGCCCACGCGCCAGAAGGGGUUCAAGCCGCCGUUUGCCAAGGUCGCGUCCGCGCCCGCCGGCGCGCUCCCCAUCGGCGACACGAACGCUGCUUCUGACACGGGUCGGCCGAGUAUAAGCAGGAGCGGAAGUGGGAAUAUAAACGUGCCUGCGGCGGGCAGACCUCCGCAGCACCAGCCGGUCGCGCUCGAGCUGCCCACCAAGGAUAACGUGAACGCGAAAGACGAGGAUGGCAAGGGUGCGAACCAGGGCAAAAGCAUGGAGAGGGACGUUCCUCCGGGAUCACCGCCGGGCGACGGGGACUCGAGCUACGGCGAUAUCUCAAUCGACAUGGACGCUCUCGACGAAGUCAUGAGCCAAUACGACUGA